AUGGUGUCAGUCGUCUGCUUAUGGCUCCUCGGAGCCCGAAACCGUAAGCCAUGGCAAGGCAUUUUGCUGUUCGGACCACCAGGAACCGGUAAAUCGUAUAUUGCGAAAGCUGUCGCUACCGAAGCCGACAAUUCGACGUUCUUUUCGGUGUCGUCAUCGGAUUUGAUGUCGAAAUGGCUUGGAGAAUCAGAGAAACUUGUAAAGAACCUAUUCGCAUUGGCCCGUGAGCAUAAGCCUUCAAUUAUUUUCAUUGACGAGAUUGACUCAUUGUGCUCAUCAAGAUCAGACAAUGAAAGCGAAAGUGCGCGUCGAAUUAAAACCGAGUUUAUGGUUCAAAUGCAAGGCGUUGGACUCAAUAAUGACGGAAUUCUUGUGCUCGGAGCAACGAAUAUUCCAUGGAUCCUUGAUUCGGCUAUCAGAAGACGUUUCGAGAAAAGGAUAUACAUCCCACUGCCGGAUAUUCAUGCUCGAAAAGAAAUGUUUCGAAUCGACGUCGGCAAGAAUGUGAACAAUCUGACCGAUCAGGACUAUAAGAUGUUGGCUGAACGGACUGAAGGCUAUUCUGGAUAUGAUAUUAGUAUUCUUGUCAAAGAUGCGCUGAUGCAGCCGAUUCGUCGGGUUCAGUCGGCGACACACUUUAAACGCGUUUCGGGACCAUCGCCAAAAGAUAAGAAUGUCAUAAUCCAUGAUUUGCUCAUGCCGUGCAGUCCCGGCGAUCCGCAGGCGAUUGCGAUGAGUUGGUUGGAUGUGCCGAGCGACAAACUCGCCGAGCCCACACUCACAAUGCAAGACAUUCUACGAUCACUUUCAUCGGUGAAGCCGACAGUGAAUAGCGCCGACUUGGAUCGCCUUGAACAAUUCAAGAACGAUUUUGGACAAGACGGACAAGAAUGA